GUCAGAAUUAUCAGUAGUCGGUGGAAACUUAUCCAAGCGUUACAUAAGUUUAGCUCCUGAUCACUGUACCGAGGUUUCAAUUAGAAUACUUUAAUUAGUCUUAUUUUUUUCGAGUAUUAUAGAGGCAGAAAGAAACAGUGAAGAUGUAUAAAUUCGUAGCUUUGUUCGUCGCCCUGUGCGGGAUAAGUGUUGGCUUCGCAAGUCCUGUUCGGAAAUCUAUCGUGUAUUACCGUCAGGCUUACAUGACACCUCAGACUAUGUAUGGAUUCCAUUACCAAAAUCAACAGUUGCAAGACGAAAAUCCUUCAACAGGAAUUGCUGCCUUUGCUGUCGGAAAUACAAUUGCUCCUGGAACAUAUCUGAAGGACUGUGAAACUAAAGAUGUUGAAAGUGCCGAACAGCCAGCUGAAGAUGAGCAGAAUGUACUAUCUGUUGCUGAAGCUUUGCCGGAGUCCGAUAUUGUUCCACUCGAAGAUGAAACUCAGAGCGAUGUUCCAACCGAUAGCGAUCAGGUAGCCGACGAAACUAAUGAUGAUGAACCCGCCGCUGCUCCUGCUAUUUCCCCUGUAAUUCCUGCCGUGAUACCAGUGGCAGUACCGGCUAAGAAGAAAAAAGUUAUCGUGCAGUCCGAUUCCGCCGAGGAUGAUGUUCCAGCACUCCCAGUUGGUUUCUUCCCAAUCAACUUCGGAAGCACCAAAGGAGCAGUCAUUGCUGUCGCCAACUCGUACAGCACUGGAAAGGAAGGAACUGCCAUUAGUACCGCGAAUGCUCACGGAAGUCCCGCUGCGGCCGAGCUGAGGAGAAUUGCACCAGUCCAGCUGAAACAAAAACCCGCCAAGCUUCGCGCCAGGAAACAUUAGAACACUGGCCAGCUUCCUCUAUCUUGAUGAACAUCCUGAAUUAUCGAGUGAUAAACGAUUUUGCCUUAGGUUUAUGAAGUAAAAGUUCAAACUCGAAUCGACUAGCAACUUGAUUCAGCAAUUUAGCAAACAUUUAAUAUUUAUUGUAAUUAAAAAAGCUCUUCCCGAAGUCGUCUCAAAUAUACCUGAUUUUAAUAAUUA